AUGGCCGACAGGUUUUACUCCCGCGGGUCAUACUCCCGCGAGUCCAGCCCCCAUCCCUCCCGCUACGAAGCCGAGGAGGCUGUGGAUAACGUCCCCAGACCCAACAUCGAGUGGAUCCCGUCGAUGAAGACGUUUCAAGACCGGGUUGCACAUCUCCAGGCUCUCUAUCCCAACCGUCGCACCACCGUCCCCUACGGAUGGCCCGCCCGAGUCGACACAGCCCGAGCCUGGACCGGCUCCGAUUUUAACUCUGACGACGACUUUGUCCUCCACCUCGGUCCUGAGGACAUUGCCGAGAUUGAGGUUGCGCUUUCCCACUUCAAGAGUCUUGACCUCGGCCCAGAUGACGCUGACCCCAACACCUUCCCGCUCCCGAACCUAGGUGACCGGCUCUUCGAGGCCUCGCGAGUUAUUCACGAAGGCCGGGGGUUUGUCGUGCUACGUGGCCUUGAUCCAGACAGGUACACGUCAUUUGACAACAUCCUCCUCUACCUAGGCGUCACAAGCUACAUUGCCGCAAAGCGUGGGAUGCAGGACUUUGAUGGGCGGAUGAUUCUCCACAUCCAAGCCGUCGUCGAAGACGUCAAGAAGCAUGGCGCCAUGCCCAACUCGCCCUACGUUGCUCGCGCCCAGCCCUUCCACACCGACCUGUGUGAUGUCCUCGGCAUGUACGCUCUGAACGUAGCCGCCUACGGAGGCGAGUCCUACCUGGCCUCGUCGGCCACGAUAUACAACGAACUGGCCCGCGCCCGCCCGGAUAUCAUCGAAAUGCUGGCCAAGGAUGAUUGGAUCUUUGACGAAUUCUGGGAAGGCCAAUACCACAUGCGCCCCCUGCUCUACAACUUCGAUACCCACGGCCCGGGCUUCCAAUUCUCGCGGCGCCCCCUCACCGGCUCGCACUUCUCGCCGCACCACCCCUCCGUGCCCGCCAUGACCGAGCUGCAAGCCGAGGCCCUCGACGCCGUGUACUUCCUGGCCAAGCAGCACGCGGUGGAGAUCCGGCUACAACCCGGCGACAUGCUGCUGUUCAACAACUUCGCCAUGCUGCACGCGCGCAGCGGCUUCACGGACGAUGCCUCCGAGGGCCGCCAGCGCCAUAUGUUGAGGCUGUGGCUGCGCAAUGAGCAGCGCAUGUGGAAGACGCCGAGGGAGUUGGAGAGGAUUAGCUGGGAGUGUUAUGGCGAUCAUGAGUGGAGGCGGAACGGGGUGUGGGAUAUUGAGGCGAGUCCGCCCGAGUUGAGGGUCAAGCAUCGGCGUGCGAGUUGUGCUUGA